AUGUCGUCCUCUCAAAGCGAACAUAACCGCACCGUGGUCUAUGCGCACCCGAGCAAGCCCAAUGAAUACUUCGCACACAAGGUCCCGCACAAAGACUUGAACGAACACGCGAUCGAUGCGGCAUUUACCAAGGCUGUCGGAUGCGCGGAAUACCCCACGGGGUGUGCUGGGAUGAUGAAAGAGAUGCGGUUCGCGGAUCCUGUCGCGCUGGGAGAACACUGGAAAUACAAGUAUUUGCUGGAUCUGGAUGGACAGUCUUACUCGGCGCGGUUCCUUGCGUUUUUGGCGAGCCAGAGCGCGGUGAUCAAGGCUACGGUGUACAGGGAGUUUUGGACGGAUUGGAUCGUGCCGUGGGUGCAUUAUAUCCCGUUGAGCGGAGGAUACGACGAGUUGUACAAUAUCCACGCGUACUUUUCGCAGCCGUCUGCAAAGAUGGCGGCGAUCGCCAAGGCGGACGAGUACAAUGCGACGGCGACUGUGGAAGAGCCGAGCGAAGGGGACGCGCUGUUGAAAAAGAUUGCGCUGGCGGGAAGAACGUGGAAGAGAACGACGGGAAGAAAGGUGGACAUGGAAGCCUAUGUGUACCGAUUGUGUCUCGAGUAUGCACGGCUGUGGGCAGACGAUCGGGACGGGUGGAGUUUCAAGAUGCAGCGCUUAAGUGGAGGAAACGGAACCGAGGAAAGAGAAAAAGACGUCGAUAGUGUGGGCGGAGAAAUGCAGCGCCGGACGUAUGCGCGAUCGUUGACAGAGGUGACAGCGUCUGAUUCACUUGACCCAUCCAAGGCCAUUCCACCUCCUACACCGACUCCACUGGUGACGAUGGGAGACAAGGCACCGCGAAUGCCGAAUGGAGUGAGCAGAGCGUAUCUGAUUGCGAUUGGCGUGCUUGCCCUCGUCUUUCUCUCUGCCCUCGCCCUCUCGCGCGACUCGAUCCCGAUUCACUUGCCCAAACACGCACUGACCGACGCCCAUGCCCUGCGCCCACACGACUACCUCAACGCGUCCAGCUCUGACCCCGCUCCCUUGACUUUUGCCCUAUUUUCGGCCCAGACCCGUCUCCACGCAGGCACGGGUGCACGUGUCCAGCGCGUCGUCCACAAGGCACUCAGCGGCCUGCCCGUAACAAUCAGUGUUCUCGGUGGAUCCAUUUCCGCAUGUCAUGGUGCUGGAGAGACACCGAUCGCAUCGACGUGUUUCGCCACGCGUUUCUUCAACUGGUGGAACAGUGUUUUCCCGCACCCUGCGAGCGAACUCACCGUCGGAGCCCUGCGCCGCACCGACUCGUCCUAUUUCGCAUUCUGCUCUGCCCACCAUCUCCCCGACCGCACAGACCUCGUUAUCCUCGACUUUGACUCGUCCGAUCCGAACCAUUCGAGCUGGUCCGACCACUUUGAGCUCCUUGUUCGUUCUAUCCUCGUCAGACCCGACCAGCCCGCCGUGGUCGUUCUCGGACAUUUUGCGCCCCAGCAUCAGAACGAGUACGGAUUUGCCGGUGUCGAGGCCAUCCAUAACCAGGUCGCGCAGUACUAUGAUGUUCCCCACGUCAGCACCAAACCCAUCCUCUAUUCCCGUUUCUUGUCCCACCCGGACGAGACCAGCAGCACAUACUACACCGACCCUGUGCUCGCCAACUCGGCCGGACACACCGUCCUGUCCGACGUCCUUAUUUCCUAUUUCCAGCGCGAGAUUUGUUCCGGCUGGGCCGCCGCGCGCGGUCACGCGUUCGACGCCCCACGGUACACGCCCGACACCCAGGGCAAAGGCCUGCUCGGCGGGAAAGCCGCCCACGCAGAGACCACCUCGACCGACGUCGACGAGACCCUCAACCAGCUGCGCGUACCCAAAGGACGCAUGCGCGACCGCCCGCACACCCUCGCUAAAUUCCGCGAAGUCAAGCCGUUUUGCGCCUCUGCCAACGAUCUCGUGAACCCGCUCCCCCGUCCUUGUUCUACGGAUCCGGCUGGGACCUUGCCCACGAGUAAAAUUCGCGUCAGUGUCAAGUUGGCCGCGGGCGACGUGGGUGUGUAUUACGUUCGGGAACAACAGGGUGCUCAAGUCGCCGAGGUUGCCUGCUGGGUCGACGAUAAUGUCGCUGGUGCGGUCAAGGUUACCAAUCGUGGCACCGGGGACGUUCCCCUUCCCGAGUUAAAAAUGAUCGACAUUGCCGUCCCCGCCGGAGCCCACUUUGUAGAAUGCGCACUGGCCGGCGAGGAAGGUUCUACCUCGGCGCCGUUUAGGAUUCUGGGCAUCUUUGCCACCUAG